AUUGUUGAUCUUGAAAAGGAAGAUGAAGAGGAAGAACUUAUGCCAAGGGAAUCAACCUUAACUAUUGGUGGCAGAAGUAAAAAGGCCAAAAUUGGGCAACACAAAGGCCCCAUAGAUUUGUACAUGUACCAAAAACCUGAGGAAACUCUCAAAAAGAGAAAGCUUGAAAAAUGUAGGCAAUCUUCUAUAAAAGAUUCUAACAAGGAGUUAAGGGCUGAAACAAUUCAAUACAUUGCUCGGUUCUUCUACCAAAAUGGCAUCUCUUUCAAUGUAGCUCGUUCAGAAAGUUUCAAGUUAAUGGUAGAAGCAAUUGAACAAUAUGGAAAAAAUCUCAAGCCUCCUAAUUACCAUGAAUUGAGGGUUUCAUGCUUAAAUAAGGAGUUGGAAUACACUAAAAAAUUAAUGGAGUAUCAUAAGAAACAAUGGCCAAGAUAUGGGGUCACUAUUAUGUCCGAUGGAUGGACGGAUAAGAGGCAGAGGAGUAUAAUCAAUUUUUUGGUUAAUUCUCCUGCUGGUACAAUGUUUGUAAAAUCUAUUGAUGCUUCUGCUUUUCUCAAAAGUGGGGAAAAGCUGUUUGAGUUGAUUGAUAGUGUUGUGGAGGAGAUUGGGGAAAAACAUGUAGUUCAACUUGUAACAGAUAAUGGGAGCAAUUAUGUUCUAGCUGGUAAAUUAUUGGAAGAGAAGAGAAAGCACAUAUUUUGGACUCCAUGUGCAGCGCAUUGUAUUGAUCUUAUACUAGAGGACGUUAGAAAGAUUUCAAAGGUUAAGAAGACAAUACAAAGAGCAAUGAGUCUUGUUGGGUUCAUCUACAACCAUUCAAGCACCUUAAACUUAAUGAGGCGAUUCACUAACAAGACGGAGUUGGUUCGAUAUGGAGUGACAAGGUUUGCUACGAAUUUUCUUUCAUUGCAAAGUGUGUACAAGCAAAAGGCCAGCCUUCGAAAGAUGUUUACAUCUGAUGAAUGGACAAGUAGUAAGUUGGCCAGAGAUGCCAAAGGAGUAAAGGCACCUGAUGUUAAUUUGCAACUCAAAAUAUAUGAUGAAGUGGCAAUUUAUAAUAGAGCUCAAGGUCGGUUUGGUGAUGACUUAGCAAUUAAAUCAAGGGAUUCGAAAUCACCUGCUGAAUGGUGGACUUUGUUUGGGCAUUCGGCACCAAAUUUACAAAAGUUGGCUAUCAAAAUCUUGAGUUUGACAUGCAGUGCAUCCGGAUGUGAGCGUAAUUGGAGUGUAUUUGAACAAAUUCAUUCUAAGAAGAGAAAUCGACUUGACCACCAAAAAAUGCAUGAUUUGGUUUUUGUAAAGUAUAACCAAGCUCUUAAAGCUCGUUAUAAUAUGCGAGACGAGAUUGAUCCUAUUGUUCUAAAUGAGAUUGAUUUCGAUAAUGAGUGGUUGGUUGGAGAAAGUGGUGAAGUUGAAGAUGCUCAUAAUGAUUUGGUUUUUGAAAAUGAUAAUCUGACUUGGGGAGAUGUGGAGAGAGCAUCAGGGGCAAGAGAAAUUAGAACUUAUACUAGGGGACAAGCAAAAAAAAAUACCACUGCAGCCUUCACCUCUCAAAUUCCAGCAUUAACUUUUAAAACUCCAGCCACAACCUCUAGUGUUGAUGCAAUUUAUGCUACUAGAAUUAGUGAAAAAGCUCAUACUUUAUUAGAUCUUGAAAAGUCAGAGGAGGAAGAAGAGGAGUUUGAGCCUGGUGGAACAAGUUAGAAAAACAAAGAUGAUGAUGAUUUGGUGGCUGAGCAAGAAGAAUUCGAAGCAGAAGAGAGUGAUGAAGAUUAUUAAACUCUUGAAUGAUUUUUUGUUUUAAAGUUUUAUUAUUUGACUUAUUUCUGAAUUGAUCUUGUUUGAUUUUUGUACUCUUUAAGUAUUUUAUUGUAUUGUUUGACUAUUAUAAUCUAUGAUUUUUAUUUGUUAAAACUUGAUAAUAUUGUUUUUUAUGAUUUUUGGUAAUUUUUAUAAACUCUUAGGUUAAUU